AUGCUGGUGGGUCGGGGUGUGGCGGCAGCGGUCGGGGUGUGGCGCGGUCGGGCGCAGCAGCCAGCGCCCGGCCCCGGCUUCAUCUUCGUUUUAGGUCCCACCCGGAAGCUGCCCCCGAGCGCCAGCGCCCUGGACUUCCUCCAGCUCUUCGUCCCCGACGCCGUCCUCAAGGGCAUGGUGGCGCAGACCAACAUGUACGCCCGCAAGUUCCAGGAGCGCUUCGGCGGCGACGGCGCCUGGGCGGAGGUGACGCUGGCCGAGAUGAAGGCCUUCCUGGGCUACGUGAUCUCCACCAGCACCUCGCGCUGCGAGUCGGCCCUGAGCGUGUGGGGCCGCGGCUUCUACAGCAACGACAGCCUGGCACGCGUCAUGAGCCAGGCGCGCUUCGAGAAGAUCCUCAAGUACUUCCACGUGGUGGCCUUCCGCCCCGGCCCGAGCGCGCCCGGCCUCUACAAGGUGCAGCCCUUCCUCGACGCCCUGCAGGCCGGCUUCGACGCCGCCUUCAGGCCCUCCCAGACCCAGGUGCUACACGAACCCCUGAUCGACGAGGACCCCGUGUUCAUCGCCACGUGCACGGAGCGGGAGCUGCGGAAGAGGAAGAAGCGGAAGUUCAGCCUCUGGGUCAGACAGUGCUCGUCCACCGGCUUCGUCGUCCAGAUCUACGUGCAGCUGAAGGAGGGUGCGGCCGCGGAUGGGCUGGACGCGCUGCGGAGCAAGCCCCAGCUGCACAGCGCCGUGGCCCGGAGCCUGUGCCGGGGCGCGGCCGGCCGAAACUACAUCAUCUUCACGGGGCCGAGCAUCACCAGCCUGGCCCUGUUCGAAGAGUUCGAAAAGCAAGGUCCUCGGGCUCGAUUCUUCGUGGCCUUCGAGGUGAGGCCGCUGACGGAGCUCGCUAGUGGUCCAGCCGCUCGGGCUGCGGCCACGCUGGGUUCUCGACAUAGGAGUUUGGAGGUCACGAGCUCAGCCACUGGCCCCUCGGCUCAGUGCCCCAUCCGUGUGGGUCCCUCCCGGCCGCAGACGGGGCCCGUGGGGGUCCGCCCACCCGGCAGCAGCACCACGGGCCUGGGCAAGGUCUUCCCCCAGUGCCGAGAUGUUCGCUUCAUGGUGGCAGAGGCGAUGCUGGCCAGCCCGGCCACGCCCCCGGCCCGCGGCCAGCACCGCGUGCGCACGAAGGGCAGCAUGUCCCUGAUCUGCUGGUACAACAAGGGGCACUUCCGCUUCCUGACCAACGCCUACUCGCCCCUGCAGCAAGGAGUGAUCAUCAAGAGGAAGAACGUGGGGAUCCCCUGCCCCCUGGCGGUGGAGGCGUUCGCGGCUCACCUCAGCUACAUCUGCAAGUAUGACGACAAGUACAGCAGGUACUUCAUUUCUCACAAACCAAACAAGACCUGGCAGCAGGUGUUCUGGUUCGCCGUGAGCAUCGCCGUCAACAACGCCUACAUCCUGUACAAGAUGUCGGACGCCUACCACGUGCAGAGGUACAGCCGGGCGCAGUUCGGGGACAGACUCGUCAGGGAGCUGCUGGGCCUGGAGGAGGCCUCCCCGGCCCACUGAUGCGGCGGCCAGGUGACCGGAAGCAAGCGACGGUUGGCUAAGACUGUUCCGGAGCGUGCUGGAGACCCGAGGGCGUUCCAGAGUUUGCCCCACGCGAGCCGCGUGGAACAGGCCUCGUGGGAGAGGGAGCACGGCGAGGAACGGCGGGCGUGUGAGUCGUGAGCGAGGUGUUCCCGCUCCGUCCCGCUCGGCUGGCGGACGGGACACAACGGAGCCGCCCACGGAACCGCAGUGACGUGCGACGCUGUUUUUUAUUUUUAAAUCUAUCUUCAGGUUAUUUUCUUACUGUUGCUUACGGCUCCCCCAUCCCUCCCCGGUCCCGCCCGCAGCCUCCCGCCCCCGCAGGCCGCGCUCUGUGCCAGGCCGGGGAGGGGGCUCGUUCCCAGAACCACCACAGCCGUGGCCACCGGGGGCCCACGGGCCUUCCGCUUCCUCACGAGGUUCUCAUCGGCAAAAUUACUUGUUUUAAAAAAAUAUGUAGCAUUGCUGAAACAAACAGCAAAUUCUCUCCACGGGUGACCACCUGCUGAUUCUCUUCCCCUCGUGGGGGGCCAGUAACCUGGUCCUUGGGACACCGUGGCUGGCACUCGAGCCCCGCACGGAUGGGCCACUGGCGUGGCUGCGUGACGCCCCGUGGGGCGGGAACCAGCUCACCGCAGGACGGACGGGACAGCGUGACGAGCAGCUGGCAGCGAGGGCUCCGCUUAGUCCCCCAAAAAACAUCGGGGCCCGUUCUGAAGCACGGUCACGUGUCUCCGCGGGAGCCCCAGCUGGAGUGGCCGGCUGGUCUGGCUGUCCCCACAGAUCAGACAUAAGUCAUUUCUGGAGUUACACGACCCCCCCUGCGCCCCGACUUACACGGCCCCUCGUUUUUACAAACGCAGACUCCAUCCUACUCAGGCUUCGGGACGUUCGUCCGUGUCCACACUCAGGUCGCCCGUGGGCGGCAGCAUGCUCGCGAACCCGUCCCCGCGCCCUCGCUUCACGAUGACAGGCCUCGUCCUCGGUUCUCAUCCGGUGCCACGGACCGCGGGCCACGUGUCGAGUUGUGUCCCCAGCACCUGAUUGGGUCUCAAGCACUUUUACCACAUGGAGAAAUAUAUUUUUAAUUUGUGAUGCUUUUCUACAAGGUCCACUAUUUCUGAGUUUAAUGUUUCCAGCACUUCGGGAGACUCCUGAACGCCGAUGAAUUUUCUCUUCUGUCCAAAUAAGUAAAAGAAAAAAAAAAAUAAAGGUCUAUUUAGAUGUUGAUUCUUUGUUAA